GAAAUCCUGAUUGACGAUAACAGCUACUCAAGUGGAUUCAUAGCAGCAGAGGAAGAUGACAUGACUAACACAGCUAUCACCUUCAUCCUUCUCUUCCUCCUCACUCUGGUAUUCUCCAUCGGAACCACUGCUUUUAAGGUCAAAUGAAACAAGAAGAACAUAAAAAGGACAUUUAAUUCAAAAAUACAAAAAACAUACAUACUUUUUUUUUUACUUUCCUCCAACUUUUCAUAUCAUGUAUUUCUCCAUCAUUCCAAAUCUAAAAAUCUUCACAUCACUUUGAGCAAAACAUUUUUAAAAGAGCAUACUUUAACUGUAGUGUUCUUUAAAUUUUUAGUCCUUUACAAUAUUUUAAAACCGUUCUUGAUUUUGUAUUUUAUGUGUGACAUUGUUAUUAUCAUUGUUCUAUACUCCACCAGCACCUGGAACCAAUGGUCCAUGUUCAGCUCUAUAUGUAAACUUAGUACAUUUCACAGUUGGUUACUUUUUUCAGUCUGUUAUUACUGGACUUGUAAACUAAAACCUUUGGCAAAGUCAUGAGAGAUUGCCUGUGUGAUAUGUUAUGUAAACCAACCUGAGAUAUUUAAAUGUGCUCUCUGUUUCUCUUACUGGCAUAACUGACCCUCACACCUGCUGUCUGUGCUGCACUGUUGCUCACUGCGCUGUUUCACUUCUGUUUUUUGGUCCCCUUUUGGACCUGGGUGUUACACAAACCUUCCGCUCGUUGCAAGCUCUGGUUGCUCUGCUCUGUCAAGCUCAACAUCUGUGAAAUAGACUUGUAACCCCAUUUUUGCAUUUUUGUACAAUGUAGAAAUUUAAAACUCUGCCAUCUAGCAUAAAUAAAAGCAAACUGCACCUAAGAUUCAAAGCUGGUUAGUUAAUGACCACAAUUUGAAGGUAUGUAUUAAUUAACUCUACUUAGAUUUCAUCUUUUAAAGAAUUAGUGUUAAAACUCAUAAUGCAGCAUUUUCUCACGCAUAAUCUCCUCUCUUCUCCAGAUGAUCAGAUUGUCUCCCCAAACAUCACCUUGUACCCUGUUUGGGACAAUGAUUUUGGGAUUUCACAAGUCAGACUCAUCUGUGUUUUGAGCGGUUACUUUCCCAUGCAAUUGUCUGUGGAGUGGUACAAGAAUGACGGUUAUCCAACGAACAUCAUUCCAAAUGAGAGAAAGCUUAUGAAUGCAGAAGGACAGGAGAAAACCAUCAGUCUAACCACUGAGAUUAAACCAAAUAUGGACGACUGGAAAACAGGAACAAACUUUACUUGCAAGUCCACUCACAAGGGCAGUGUAUUUGUAAAAACAACAGACAUUUGCCAGACUUCUUUAAGUAUCCCUCCUACAUUUCAAAUUGUGAUUCCAAGUUUUAAGACUGUGAUGACAGAAUCUUUGGUGAAGGCAACAUGUUUGGUUUAUACUACUUUUGAUGCCAAAGUUACCUGGCUGUUGGAUAAAAGCAACAAACAGAGUGGCAUAAUGAAGCAGGUUUCAAACACAACUCAUAUAUCCAGUGAAGUGACAGUUUCCUCAAGUGAGUGGAAGCAACUGAAGACCAUAACAUGCAGAGCACAACAUAAGUGUUUUUCAUCUAUGGAAAAGACAGUAAAUGUAGCAGGGCCGUCAGGUACACCUCCACAGAUAAAGAUCAGGAGAUCUUUCCCAGAACUGGUGAAGGAAGAUUGUGCUAUCUUCCAGUGUGACAUCUCACAGGACUCCUCACAGGACCUCUAUGUCACAUUUCAGUCCAAUGGACGUGAUAUUUUGGAAGGACAGUAUGUUGAUCUUCCUGAAGGCCCCGGCCCUCAUUCAGUCAGUAUAAAUUUCCUGGUUCCCAGAAAUGUUUGGAAAACUAAUACAGAUUUCACCUGCACGGUGAACCAAGGCUUCUCCAGCAGUUCCAUCAAGUCACAUACCAUCAGUAAUAUAUUUGCGGAACCCUCAAUUGAACUUCUUCUGGCUCCCGGAGAAGUACUGGGGCAACAGACACUUGUGUGUUCUGGACGGGGCUUCAACCCACAAAUUAAAUGGUUGAAUGGCUUACAUGAGCUACAUACAUCAAAUCAUGGCAUCAGCAUGGAUACAAAUGCACGUGUUGCAGUAGCAAGUCAGCUGCAUGUUGCUGAGACUGAGUGGAAAUCAGGAACGGUCUUCAUAUGUGAAGUCUCUGACAAAUCUCUGAAUAAAGUUGUCAAAAAGGAAAUCAGUUUCUGCUCAGCUUCUUUAAGUAUCCCUCCUACAUUUCAAAUUGUGAUUCCAAGUUUUAAGACUGUGAUGACAGAAUCUUUGGUGAAGGCAACAUGUUUGGUUUAUACUACUUUUGAUGCCAAAGUUACCUGGCUGUUGGAUAAAAGCAACAAACAGAGUGGCAUAAUGAAGCAGGUUUCAAACACAACUCAUAUAUCCAGUGAAGUGACAGUUUCCUCAAGUGAGUGGAAGCAACUGAAGACCAUAACAUGCAGAGCACAACAUAAGUGUUUUUCAUCUAUGGAAAAGACAGUAAAUGUAGCAGGGCCGUCAGGUACACCUCCACAGAUAAAGAUCAGGAGAUCUUUCCCAGAACUGGUGAAGGAAGAUUGUGCCAUCUUCCAGUGUGACAUCUCACAGGACUCCUCACAGGACCUCUAUGUCACAUUUCAGUCCAAUGGACGUGAUAUUUUGGAAGGACAGUAUGUUGAUCUUCCUGAAGGCCCCGGCCCUCAUUCAGUCAGUAUAAAUUUCCUGGUUCCCAGAAAUGUUUGGAAAACUAAUACAGAUUUCACCUGCACGGUGAACCAAGGCUUCUCCAGCAGUUCCAUCAAGUCACAUACCAUCAGUAAUAUAUUUGCGGAACCCUCAAUUGAACUUCUUCUGGCUCCUGAAGAAGUACUGGGGCAACAGACACUUGUGUGUUCUGGACGGGGCUUCAACCCACAAGUCAAAUGGUUUAAUCGAUCAAAACAGAUAACCCCAUCAACUUAUGACAUCAGCAUGAAUAAAAAUGGGCAUGUUGCUGUAAUGAGUCAAUUGCAUGUCGGUCAGACAGAGUGGAAAAGAGGAAUGGUAUUUACAUGUGAACUGUCUGACAGUUCUCUAGAUAAAAAGGUCAAAAAGGAAAUCAGUGUAUGUUCAGUCACCCCAAGAUCUUCUCAUGAGGCCGCCAUCUAUGUUCAUAGACCUGCACUAGAGGAGCUUCAAAACAGGGAACAGGUGACUGUUAUGUGUCUUUUUGUUGGCACUAGUCUUAGGGAUUUCUCCAUAACCUGGAAAGUAGAUGGUCACCCAUCUUCUUCAAGUCACAUCCAUACAGAAAAACCUGUAAAUCACAGCAACGGGACAGAAACUUUACACAGCUUCCUUAACGUGUCAGCGAAGGACUGGUACUCAAAUAAGCAAGUGUCUUGUGAGGGAAAACAUCUGUGUUCCAACAAAGGUUAUGAAGACCAUAUCAGCAAAAGUACAGACCUGUCAAAACCAGUUCUGAGGAUAGUGAAACCAACAUUGACUGAACUGUAUACGUUUGGGACUGUCACGCUUACUUGCUUAGUUUCAGGAUUUUUCCCAUCUGACAUCAUAGUUCAGUGGGAAGAGAAUGGCCAACGACUCCCAGCAUCUCUCUAUAUUAACAGUCCUUCAUGGAAAGAACCAGCAACAAGCUAUUUUUCAAUGAGUAGCAGAAUAAAUGUAACUAAGGCUGAGGACAAUAUGUCGACAUACUCUUGUGUUGUUAGACAUGAAUCAUCUGAGACUCCAGUUAAAACCAGCAUUAGUGAUGUGUUUGCCUCUGUGACCUACACCAAACCUUCAGCCAUCUUGCUCCAGGGAGAAAACGAACUAGUGUGUCUGGUCUCAGGCUUCAGCCCACCAUCCAUUAAUAUCACUUGGUUCCGCAGUAAAACCACAGAGCCGAUGGAAUAUAACACAACCAAGCCCUACUUAGGUCAGGAUGGAAAAUUCAGCAUUCAAAGUUGCGUUCGCCUGUCCCCAAUUGACUCCUUACCAGGCGUGAUUCUCACCUGCAAGGUGACGCAUGAGGGUGCCACCCUAUCAGUGAAUAUGUCCAAACCAGACACACUGGAGCAUUGUAACUUCUUUGAUGCUCUCAAGGACACUGACGUGAGUCAAGAUGCCCUGAAGGAAACCUGGGCUAUGGCGUUAACUUUCCUCUGCUUUUUUCUCUUCACCAUCAUAUUUUCUCUUGUUGUCCUCAUCAGUAAGACCAAAUAAUGACAGUCAAAGGACAAAUUUCAUAUUACUGGAUGAGGUUUUAAUUUUUUGAUGUUUUUAUUAAAUGUAUUUUAUUUUCUUUGUUUAUUUUAGUUUUUUUUUUUAGAAUGAUUCUUUUUUUCUUUUGCUAAUUUGUUUGUUUUUUCUUUUAUAUUUUCUGGUCUAGUUUAUAAUAACAUUUUCAUUAUGUUUCUGUUAUGUAUUUGGUGUGGGAUGUAUUUAAGUGCCUUAAAGAUAAAUAAAGCUAAUGAGACUGCA